AUGAUUUGCGGCAAGGGAUUCGGGAUGAUCCUGGUCCUGGUCUGGGCCAUGGCCCUUUCCAGUGACCUCACGCUGGUGAGCGGUCAAACGGUGGCUCCCAAGACAAGCUCCACUGUUGCACCACCGCAUUUGGAUGAGAAGCCAAUGAUUGUGAAUGCGCCGCCAAUGAAGCAAAAGAAGGUGGCUCCCGCUGCUCCCGCUGCACCCGCUGCUGGAACUAAGCCCCUCCAGGUCACUGGAUUCAUCACCAAGACUGGCAACAUCUAUGAGAUUGAGGAUAGACGCGGCUCCAUUGGCUCCAUUGAGGGUCGCCAGGCUGUGGAGGAGAAGCGGGAUGCGGACGAAAUCGUGUGCAACUAUGGCAAUGUGGUCAUCUAUAGUGAUGUACCCUGCGAUCAGGUGACCAGUGUGCGUGUUGGUGAGAUCAAACAGAUCAAGGAGGAUCAAUCGGUGGCCGCUCCAGCAGAGGAUACAACCGAGGCGGGACAGGGCGAGGAGCAGCAGCCGGCUGCCUCCGAGCAGCAGUCGCAGAUGACGCCGCAGCAGGGGGAGGAGGAUUCGCAGCUAGAUGAAGCGGAAUCAAGGCCACAGGUGAAUCAUCCUCGUCAGCAGCAGAAUAACAAUCGUCGUCGUCGUCGUCGUCCCCAGCAGCAACGACAGCAGAUGCAGCAACGUCGUCGUCGCCGGCAGCAGCAACAGUUGCAGCAGCGACGACGCAACGGUUUCAACAACAACAACAACAACAAUGUGCGACGUCGUCGCAAUCGCAAUGGCAACAACAAUCUGCGACGUGGUCAGCAGCAGCAGCGUCGUCGCAUCAACAACAACAACAGGAGACGCAUCAAUGGCAAUAACAACAACAACAACAAUCAGCGUCGCAGGCAGCAGCAGCAGCGACGUAAUGACGUGGCCAAUGGAAUGCAACUGGACAAACAGGAAGUGAUCUUCAAUACGACGAUUACCCUGAUUAAAGUCACCACGAUUCUAAGUCUAUACAGGAAGGAAGUAAACAAUGACGUGGCCUUCACUGGGGUCCACACCCCUGGAAAUCCGCGGGAGGUCAAUUGA